CCGGACUGUCAUCUUGACGUUUUGUUUUGACGUUCACAUAUCUUUAGGUUAUUUACAAUGUAAAAAUUAAAAUAAUGGAUCUCAAAAUUUAUUAAUCAUACGCAUGCGAAAUCCAACCGAGAUGGCAAAAAAUGCGGAAAUAUUCAUCUGCCUGAUAGUGACAGUUUCAGUGGUCCUUCUGUAUAUUGUGAACAAAUGCUUUUUAAAUACAGAAAUAUUAGAAGACCCUGGAGACUACAGUUGGAUCAUUCACGGAAUCCGGAAUAUUUUGGGCUACGCGACCGUAUUUGUUCCAGGAUUUUUAGUAUACAAGUAUGUAGUAAAUACAAACUACUUAAACAAAAGUGGUAGAGGCGUGUUUGGAGCUGUGAUACGAACAUGCUUUGGUGAAGAUGAGCUUCUACUGGUGAACACCAACCCUCAUUCGGGGACGAAUCAACGAACACCUUUGCAAGACUGCUGUUUGCUGCUUUUCUAUUUUUGUGGGCUUCAGAUCUCCUACUUGUCAUGGGGUGUGUUACAAGAAAAAGUGAUGACACAGAAAUAUGAAAAUUCAGAUAAAGAAGUAGGUUAUUUCAAAGACUCACAGUUUUUAGUGUUUGUUAAUAGAAUUCUAGCUUUUCUUACAGCUGCCAUCAUACUAUUUUGUACAAAACAACCAAGGCAUAGGUGUCCACUGUACAAAUAUAUGUACUGUUCAUUAUCAAAUAUAAUGAGCUCUUGGUGCCAGUAUGAGGCCUUGAAAUAUGUGUCUUUUCCUCACCAAGUUCUUGCCAAGGCUAGUAAAACAAUUCCUGUAAUGAUCAUGGGAAAGCUAGUAUCAAAAACUAAAUAUGAAUUUUAUGAGUACGUUACAGCAGUUAUAUUAUCUAUAGGCAUGUUGUUGUUCAUGAUAGAUACAGGUAAUGAUCGAUCAAAUUCCACUGUGACAACAUUUUCUGGUGUGAUAUUGUUGUGUUCAUAUAUAGCUUUUGAUAGCUUCACAGCCAACUGGCAGGGGAAAUUGUUCAAGCAAUAUGAGAUGAAACCAUUACAGAUGAUGUGCUUUGUAAAUUUCUUUUCUUGUAUUUUCACUUUGGUAUCCCUGCUGCAACAAAGUAGUUUCAUGAAAUCCCUCGAAUUUAUGAUCAAAUUUCCACAGUUCAUUGUGGACGCUGUUUUAUUAUCAUUAUGUAGUGCUGGUGGACAGCUGUUCAUCUUCAAUACAGUGUCAACAUUCGGACCUCUGGUUUUCGUUAUAAUAAGCACAGUUCGACAAGGCUUCUCUGUGUUAUUAAGCUGUGUGAUUUAUAAACAUCAUGUUAGUGCAGUAGGUAUCUUCGGAGUAUGUCUAGUGUUCUUCAGUAUGCUGUUGAGAGCCUAUUGUGGUUACCGGAUAAAAACAUUGAAGCAGUUUCAUCUACAGAGUGGCAUGAGUAAUGUAAAGAGUGAGAAAUAAAUCUUAGAUCUUAUUUAGUGUUAUGUAAUUGAAUCCAAUGCAAGAACAAAUGAUAAAUAUUCAAUUAAAUUGUUCAUUAGAGAUGAAAAUGGGAACUUCAAUGUGGUUGUGAAAGUGUAUGGUUCUGAAACAAUGAAUACAGGGUUUGUCCGGAAAGUAAUAGGAUUGAGUCGAUUUAAGAAAAUUUAUUGAGCUAAUCGUUACAAUUCUUUAAAAACUUUCGAAAUAGGUUCCUUCUGCGUCG